GAGUCGAGAGGGGCGAGAGUCCCUGGUAAACAGCUGAGAGCUCACAUUAUCCAAGGCAAAACAUUGUUUUUAACAAUUCCCUGGGUCUCACGUUGAAAAUUUUCAUUUUUAGUGACUGGAUCGAGGUCUUAUCAACAUGUCCACUAAAUCCUCGGUCGAUUUGCGGGCAGAACUCGCAGAGUUGGUCAAGAGAAAAGCGGAAAUCGCCGACACGUUGGCGAAUUUGGAGCGGCAGAUUUAUGCAUUCGAGGGAAGUUAUCUCGAGGAUACCCAACUCUAUGGAAAUAUCAUUCGAGGGUGGGACAGAUAUUUAGCGAGUAAUAAAAAUACGAAUAGUAAAGCUGACAAGAGAAAUAGAAAAUUUAAAGAGGCUGAGAGAUUAUUUUCGAAAUCUUCCAUUACAUCCAUGGCUGCUGUCAGCGGUCUAGUGGAAAAUCCCCAGGAAAAAAUUGAACGAUACAGUGAGUCGGAGUCACAGAUGGGAAACAGCGGGAGUGAGGAUAAUUGCAACUAUACGAAUUCAAAUGUUGUGACAUCAGGAAAUAGCAAAGACUCGAGUGGAAAAAAUCACACGUCGAUACAAUCCGGUUAUUCCCAGAAUAACGGGACAAUUAGUGAAUCGACACCAUUGACUAAUGGUCCAAUGUCCAAUGGGGGAAUUGAACAUGUCUCUACACCAGCUAAAGAUGGACAUGGAAAUAGUAAAGAGUCGAACAAAAACAGAUCCUCGAAUAGUGCUAAAAAGAGUAGCAACAAGAGAGCUCGGAAUAGGUAGAAAAAAACAAAUUGAAAUAAUUGUUUCACGUGAAAAUUUUGCGUUGUCGAUUCUCGCAUUUUUUAAUAUUCUCGUACAAAUAAUAAUAAUAAUAAUAAACAAUGAAAUUUCAAUUUAUCUCUCGCAAUUCGAAGAUAAUCAAAAUCAUGAAGAUUAUACGAGUAAUUAUCCUUUCUCUUCUUUUUACGACGAUGAAAGUAUUAUUUCUGUGGAUAAACGUGUAUUUACUAGGAUUUUUAUCGUAAAAUUUUGGUGAUCCAAGUGGUAAUGUAAGGACUUUUAUAGGUUUCUUACUGUUUCAAAGUGCAUGAACAUUACAAUUUGAGAAAUAGUGACUGAGGUGAAUUUAUUGAGGAUAAUUAUACAAUUGUAAGUGUUUUCAUUGAUCUAGGAACUGUCUGUUCAUUUUUUUUCCAGAGAAUCGUUACGUGACUGUGAAAUUCACUCGAUUUAAAUUUACAAUUUCAUUAUCACUAGAUAAAUGCCGUAAUUAAUUACUUGUAAAUAACUGUCAGAACUCCAUUACUCAAUCGUGAAUUUAAUAAAUACAUUCUUUUCUUA